GCUGGAGCGCGGAGAGUUGUUCGUGGGCCCGCUGCCCUCCGAGGAAGUGGCAAUGGCGGGGUCUCGGGGAGCCACGUACAAGUACAAGGUGUGGAUGCGACAUCGCUAUCGCAGCUGCUGCAGCCGCCUGGGGGAGCUUCUGGCCCACCCCUCCUUCCAGGUUAAGGAGCUGGCUCUCAGCACACUCAUGAAGUUUGUGCAGCUGGAAGGAACGUGCCCCCUGGAGAAGCCCAAGUGGGAAGGCAACUACCUGUUCCCCCGAGAACUCCUCAGGCUGGUGGUAGGGGGCCUGCUCUCGCCUGAGGAGGACCAGAGCCUGCUCCUCUCCCAGUUUCGGGAGUACCUGGAACACGAUGACAUUCGCUACCACACGAUGCAGGCAGCCAUGGAUGCUGUGGCCCAGGCCCCUGACCGGCACCCUGAGGUGCCCCCCACCUUCUGGAACAAUGCCUUCUUGCUGCUGUCUGCUGUGAGCCUGCCCCAUCAGGAGCCGGCCGUCACCAGCUUCUACGUGAAGCGCACAGAGCUGUCGAACAAGUGGAAGGUGGCUCAUCGGAAGGAGCAUAGGAAGACCUUCCAGGCCAUGUGGCUUGGUUUCCUCAAGCACAAGCUGCCCCUGAGCAUCUACAAGAAGGUGCUGGUGACCAUGCAUGACACCAUCCUGCCACACCUGGCACAGCCUGCACUCAUGAUUGACUUCCUCACCGGUGCCUACGAUCUCGGGGGCGCCGUCAGUCUCUUGGCCUUGAAUGGGCUGUUUGUCCUGAUUCACGAGCACAAUCUGGAGUACCCCGACUUCUACCGGAAGCUCUAUGGUCUCCUGGACCCAUCCAUCUUCCAUGUCAAGUACCGUGCCCGCUUCUUCCACCUGGCUGAUCUCUUCUUGUCAUCCUCCCAUCUCCCUGCCUACCUGGUGGCUGCCUUUGCCAAGCGCCUGGCCCACCUGGCCCUGACAGCCCCACCCGAGGCCCUGCUCAUGGUCCUGCCCUUCGUGUGCAACCUUCUGCGCAGGCACCCGGCCUGCCGUGUCCUGGUGCACCGGCCACAGGGCCUUGAGCUGGAUGCUGACCCCUAUGACCCUGCAGCAGAGGACCCAGCCAAGAGCCGGGCCCUGGAGAGCUCCCUGUGGGAGCUGCAGGCCCUCCAGCGUCACUACCACCCCGAGGUGUCCAAAGCUGCCAGCGUCAUCAACCAGACCCUGUCGGUCCCCGAAGUCAGCAUCGCACCGCUGCUGGAGCUCACAGCCUACGAGGUCUUCGAGCAGGACUUGAAGAGGAAGGGCCCCGCAUCACUGCCGCUGGAGUUUGUUCCCGCGCGGGGCCUGCUGGGGCAGCCAAAUGACCUCUGCACCCAGCACUUCACCCUUGGCUGACUCCGUCCUUGUGAAUAAACGCUUUCUAGGCGCUCGGCUCAGGUGUGGCCUGUGGCAGCUUUGUGCCUGUGCCAAGUGGGCCUCACAGCUGCUGCCUGCCUGGA